UGCUGCUGCCCGGCACGGGACGUGGAGGAAGUGGGGAGCUGCGCCGUAAACCCAGUGGCGGGGAACGAAAAUGAAAAUUAAACCGGACCGGGACGGAACCUAAGCACCGAUUCCACAGCCCAGCAGAAAACUGCAUGCUGACUGGCGGGCGGAGAGAAAACAACGACUUUAAAUUAGCUUUAAUAAUAUGGAAAGUAAACGACGCAAACAAGCUGCGGGUACUGUGGCGCUUUCGGAAGCGAACGGUGAAUAAUGCCGCUUUCCCUAAACAGCCAAAAUUGAGGCGAAAUAAAGGCUCUCGGCAGUCUCUGUGAGCCGGGAAGGUCGCUAAGCCGGACCGGUGUGUCUGCCCGCGGUGAGAGAGAGGACGCUCCCCCCUCUGCCCUCCCGGUGUGCGGCGCUGCGCCGCGGUCAGCUCAGUGCAGCCGCCUUCCUGCUCCUUUCCAUUUAGGGGAAGUAGGUGCCCGGAGCGAUUUUUUUAAAACAUUUUAUUUUGCUGUUUGAGAAAAAAGGGAAACAGCCCGAUAGAAAUUGUAGCUAUGGCCGGUCCCGAGCAGCAGGUCGAUGGGAAAGCGGAGCAAAUAGAUGAUGCCGAACUGGCUCUUCAGGGCAUAAACAUGCUUCUGAACAACGGCUUCAAGGAGAGCGACGAGCUCUUCAAGAAAUACAGGACCUACAGCCCCCUGAUGAGCUUCGGGGCCAGCUUCGUCAGCUUCCUGAACGCCAUGAUGACCUUUGAGGACGAGAAGAUGCAGAUGGCCUGCGAGGACCUCAAGGCCACGGAGAAACUGUGUGAGAGCGACGGUUCUGGAGUCAUCGAGACCAUCAAGAACCGGAUCAGAAAGAGCAUGGACUUCCAGAGGUCAGGGGCUGUGGUGGUGGACCGGCUGCAGCGGCAGAUCAUCGUGGCGGACUGCCAGGUGUAUCUGGCUGUGCUCUCCUUCGUUAAGCAGGAGCUGUCAGCGUACAUUAAGGGGGGCUGGAUCCUCCGCAAGGCCUGGAAGAUGUACAACAAGUGCUACAGUGACAUCGGCCUGCUGCAGGACGCCCACCAGCGGCGAGCUUCUUCCUCCUCUUCCUCCUUGCCGUCGGUGGCGCAGCCUGCAGAUCGGGCGAACGACAACGCAGUGGCGCAGCCUGGGAGGGAGGUGGUGACGGCCGAGACCCUGGGCCGCCUCAAGGGCUCCGUCAGCUUUGGCUAUGGCCUCUUCCACCUCUGCAUCUCCAUGGUGCCACCGCACCUCCUGAAAAUCGUCAACCUGCUGGGGUUUCCCGGCGACCGGGCGCAGGGGCUCGCCUCGCUCACAUUUGCCAGUGAGAGUAAGGACAUGAAGGCGCCGCUCGCUACCUUGUCUCUGCUCUGGUACCACACGGUGGUGCAGCCGUUCUUCGCCCCCGAUGGCACGGACACACAGGUGGGCCUGGUGGAAGCCCAGGCCAUCCUACAGAGGAAGGCGGCCAUUUACCCCAACUCCUCGCUUUUCACGUUCUUCAGGGGCCGCGUGCAGCGGCUGGAGUGCCAAAUUAAUAGUGCCUUGACGUCUUUCCAUGAUGCGUUGGAACUUGCGACGGAUCAAAGGGAAAUUCAGCACGUGUGUCUCUACGAAAUCGGCUGGUGCAGUAUGAUCGAGAUGAACUACUUUGACGCCUUCAAGUCCUUCGAGCGGCUGAAGAAUGAGUCAAGGUGGUCCCAGUGUUACUAUGCCUACUUGACCGGAGUUUGUCAGGGUGCUGCUGGUGACGUGGAGGGGGCUGUGAAUGUCUGUAACGACGUCCAGAAGCUUUUUAAAAGGAAGAAUAAUCAAAUCGAGCAGUUCUCUGUUAAGAGGGCUGAAAGGCUAAAGAAGUCAUCCCCUACUAAGGAGCUGUGCAUUAUGGGAGUCAUCGAGGUCCUCUACCUGUGGAAAGCUCUUCCGAACUGCUGUUCGUCAAAGCUGCAGCUUAUGAGCCAAGUCUUGCAGGAGGUGGAUGAUGCUUCACACGCCAGUCUGAAGCACCUGCUUCUUGGCGCCAUCCACAAAUGCCUAGGAAACACAAAGGAUGCAAUUCAGUCGUUUCAGCUGUCAGCUAACGAUGAUCUGGGCCAGCAGAGCAUCUCAUACAUGCAGCCGUACUCCUGCUAUGAGCUGGGAUGCAUCCUGCUGGAGAACCCAGAGUCUAUGGGGAGGGGAAGAUCACUACUACUGCAGGCCAAGGAGUGUUAUGCGGGAUAUGACUUUGAGAGCAGGCUGCAUGUUCGCAUCCAUUCAGCAUUAGCCUCCAUGAAGGAGGUGGAGCCUCAGUGACACUCCCCUGGUGGCAAGUCCCCGCCCAUGGACAGCCCACUCCCUGCCCAUGGACGGCCCACUCCCUGCCCAUGGACGGCCCACUCCCCGCCCAUGGACGGCCCACUCCCCGCCCAUGGACGGCCCACUCCCCGCCCAUGGACGGCCCACUCCCCGCCCACCAUGCACUUUGUUUUUUGUGCAGCAGCUUGCAGCUAUGGGCAGGUUGAUGUCGUUUGCGAUGGCCGGCCAUCACAUGGUCUGAUGCUUCUUUUUGUAUCGUUUACCUCAAAGAUGUUUUACAUGUACUUGGGAAAGGUCAUGUGCUGGUAAUAUAGUACAAAAAAAUCCUACUAGGUUUAGUAUGGAGAUCACUGUAAUUUACCGUGGUUGUGUGACAUUUUUGUUAAUAAGUGAGUCGGCCAAAUUUAUGUUUAUUUUUUACCAAAGUUAAUCCCAAAAAACAUAAUUUGAACAAAAGCUGUAUGUUAAACAACGAAAAUAUUUCUUUCCCAUUUUGUCAGAGAUCAUCACAUACUUCUUUUUAAGUUUUGAAAUGUGAAAGGAUAAUGAAGAAUUUACUGAUGCUACUGCCAUUAUAAGAAAGGAGAUAAAGGAAAGGUAACAUAAAUCCCGGCGAAUUAGCUGAAAUGUAGAAACACUGCCACUUCCUUGUUGCUCGUGAUUAUUAAAUGGCCUGCUGUGAUAGUAACAGUAGGCCUGUAGGGUGUGAUGCUUUGUCUGAAAUCCUUUAAAAAAUCAGUCUUUGUGGAAUGUUACAGGCAAUGUGGUGUGUUGCCGUGUAAGUCGGCCUAAACACGAAGAUUGUGGUUAACUAGUUCCAGGUAAUAUCAAACCUAAUCACUUAGUGUUUGUGUAUCAAGGGCAUCACUAAUUCCUAAAAUGUCUAAAUUCAUUGACAAUGUGUUAUGUUCAUUUUCAUUUAUAACCUUGACCUACGAAUUUUGCUCUGUAGAAAAUGCUGGUAUGUAAAUACUGGAGAUCACACCAUUAGUUAUUGCAUUUGAUCUCGAAAGUCUUUAAGAUUAAUUUCUCCAUCUUGGACAGGCUGUUAAUUAUCACUACUGGGACUUGCAUCUUCCCAAUGCAGAUCCUAACUCUGUUUGUUGGAAUAUGUAAGUGGCUAUUGCGGUCCCCUACCGAUCUGUUUCAGCUCGUACGUCAUCAAGUGACAUUUUCCCCAUGGUAACUAGGCAUGAACACUGUAGUUACAUCAUAGUAGCACUUUAUUUCACAGUACACUUUUUUUUUUAAUGGAGGUUUUUAGCACAUAAUUUCUAUGAAAAUACCAUUUUAUGUGCUACUGGAUAGCAGCAUGUAAUACAUUUUUUUGGGUUUAUAAUAUGUCAAUGCAAUAACCAAAAAAAUCUACUGCGAAAUCUUGGGGUAAAACAAAAAAAAAAACUCCUGACUAAUUCAGGGUGAUAUUCCUCCAUAUGACAGACACUUCACAUAUAGCCUUUUAGCUAUAUUUUAAAAUGACUACUGGCAGUAAUUCAAAGUGGGGUGUUGGUACACUUUAUAGUGUACUGCCUUUAUUGUUGCAAUAUGGAGUUUUGUGGUUUCACACAUUGAGUUUCAGUGUCGCAGUUUUUUCAAAUUUAAGAAGACGUGGCAAUUUUCGAAUAAUCAGUUCAGGUUCUUUAUAUCUGUCAAUCAGAUUUGUUACGAGGCCACACUGGAUAUGGCAACACAAAUAAUAAUAAGGUAUAACACAAAUGUUUCUAAAUGCAACACAUUGGCAGCAUUUUUUUUAAUUUAGGACCCUAAUACGGUCCAUCUUCAGGUGUAACAUCAAGGUAGCCUGUUAUUUUGGUGCCUGAAAUAUAAGGUUGUAUUGUGAUUGGCCUGAUGGUAAAUGAGCAGUGGCACUUAACUGAAAUUGUAAUAGCGAAAUGGCAAGAAAUAUGCUUCCUGUGUUCUAUAGUAGAAUGUGUGUGCCUGGAGGGAUGCCAGAUGUUUUGACGACAAUAAAGAAUCUGUGUUGAUGUACCAUGCAA